AAGAGCUGUUACGGAACAAUACAAAUAAUAAGAAAACUUAAGAACUUUGCUGGUUAUAGGCUCAGAAAGCACUUAGUGGAGUUACUGGUGCUGUCAAAACUUGACUAUUGUGACACUGUCUAUUACCCUUUGCCGGAAUUUCAACUAAAACGUUUACAACGUGUCCAGCUAUUAGCUGCUAGUUUUGUCCUGAAUAGGUAUGUAAAUGACAUUAACGAUAUUGUUAAGAUAGCAUGGUUACCAGUAAGACAGCGAAAAGAUUUCCACGUUCUCAAACUCGUUCACCAGGCUUUGUACUUCCCCAGCUGGCCGUCUUACGUACCACUAGAUACUGUUAA